CCGGAAGUACUUCCAAAGAUCUAUUACGUAGUGGGUCACAAAACACAUGUGGAUGCAAAGAGGUGCUUGAACAAGGACAAAUUCAAGAUGACAUCUCUAGCCCAACAGUUAAAGCGCCUGGCCUUGCCCCAAAAUGACCCAAAUCUGUUCACCCGACGGGAGAUUGCAUCCUUGCUCUUCAACCCUAAAGAGGCAGCGAGCACAGAUAGAAGCACCUUCUAUGCGCUUGGAUGCAAUGGACUGGAGGAACUACUGGGGAUUGAGCCUGCAUUUGAGGAGUUUCUAGAGACACUCUUCAGCAAUGCCUCUAUGGAUCUGGAACGUAGUGUCCAGUCUAAAGAAGUCAAUAAGAAGCUGGACAGCGAUAUUGACCUAUUCCUCACUCGCCUUUCUCCCUACUUCCUUUUGAAACCAGCACUGAAGUGUAUCGAGUGGCUUUUGCAUAGGUUUCACAUUCAUUUAUACAAUCCAGACAGUCUUAUAGCAUGUGCUCUACCGUAUCAUGAGACCAAAAUAUUUGUCAGAGUCAUUCAGCUUUUGAAUAUAGAGGAUCCAACUAACCGCUGGAACUGGUUACAUGGACUCCAGAAACCAGGUGUACCCUUGGCCAAAGGGACACUUCUGACUCAUUGUUACAAAGAUCUGGGUUUCAUGAACUUCAUCUGCAAACUGGUCACCAAGGCAGUCAAGGCGUACUCAGAAUUCACCCGCGACGGUCACUGUGCCCAGCUCCGUGUGAUCUUCUCGUUCUACGCAUCCACCAUCGUAGCAACUCUGGAUGCAGCAGAAAAGAUUACGGACUCAAUCAUCGCUAAGAUUUUGCCCAACGUACAGCUGGGCUUGAAGUCCUCCCUUGUGGACUACAAGGCGGCCACCUACAUGAUAGUGUGCCAGCUGGCGGUGAAGGUGGUCAUGGAAGCGCACCUGGUGGACUCACUGGCCGUGCAGGUCAGCAAGUCUCUGUGCAGGGCCCCGCUGCUGGCCAGAGAGGGCCUGGGCUGCCUCAUUGUCCUGCUGCAGAACCAGAAGGAGGGAACGGUGGGACCAAAAGCAUACGGGCACUUGUGUGGGGUUCCUGACCUGAUCCCCACACUUUCGAACAUGGCAUCAUCAUAUGACAUCAGUCCUCUCCUCCGUUACCUCCUCCCUCUCCUCGUUCACUCUGUCAUCACUCAGUCGGAUGAGAAGGAGGAGAUGCAGACAGAUGUGGCCUCAGAGACCAGCAGCCACAGGAGUUUAUUCAGCUCUCUCCUCCAGGAGGUUCCUCUGACCAGCAGCCUAGAUGCCACAGUAGCCAAGUUGCUUCUAGAAGAGUACCUCUCCCAUGGUAACCAACUGCCCUCAGAAGAGAUCUCCUCCCUAAACCAGCAAAUGCAGCCAGUGGUGCGACUCUUUGAAUCAAAGUAUCCUGGAGCUCUGGAUGCUGCUUUGGACAGUCAUGUCCCAGAUGUCUCUUCUUCCAAGGACAGAAGCCUUUUCCACCAGUUCAUAUCUCUCUCCAUGAGUAGUGGCAAAUAUGAGAUCCUGGCUGAUUCGGACACCUCCCUUAUGCUCAGUCUGAAACACCCCCUGCCUGCUGUGAGGAACAUGGCUUUGGAGCACCUGAAGGAGGUCCUCCGCAAAGGACAGGAGGGCUUUGACGAGGCCUUCCUGAAGGAUGCUUUGCUUGAGCGCCUUGAGGAUCACGUUCCUGAUGUGGUCUCUGCAGCCUUGCAAGCUCUUGAGCUAUAUGUUGACCGCCUGGACUGUGAGGACACAGUUUCCAGUUUGCUCUCACUCCUUCAGCGCACUGACCUCACUGCCAAGGGAGACUGGUAUCCUGUGCUGAAGCAAGCCAUCCAGAUCCUGGACGACCCCCGUGUGGUGGAGGGCAACGCGAAACUGAAGGCCCGUGUAGGCUGGGAGCUGCUGCCCUACCUGGUGGUGACGAGCCCCGUGCCGGACUCCCCCGAGCUCCAGCUGGCCUGCCAUGUGGCCCAGACCUCCCUCCUCUCCCAGCUCCCCCUCACCAAGGGCUGGGCCAAUGUGCUUGAGGAAGUGCUGCAGAAAACUCUUGAAGCUGACAUUGUGGGAGUGGCCAACCAGCAGCUCAUACUGACCCUGACCAAAAACCUGUCCGCCAUGGAUGCAGGCUCAAAGCGCACCACUAUGGAGGAGGUGGCGCAGGCUCUGGAGAAGCAGAAGAGUGGCGUGAGGGAGAGGGCUGCGUUUGUGGUGCUGAGCCACACACUGCUGCAGGGCAUAGUGGACCUGAGCGAGACCCAGCACCUCCUCACUGCCCAGAGGCUCUACAGCCUGCUGGAGCCCGCCAUCAUGGAGCUCCUCGCCCGGCCUCCAGAACAGGUGCCUGUGGGAACCUGUCCCCCGGCCUUUGUGGCGGAGCAUCUGGGAGAGUACCUGCACCUGCUGCGCUCGGGCCAGGACGCCCAGAGAGAGCAGACCAUGCUGUUGGUGUCCCUCCUCAGCCAGUUCAUCAGCAGCCUCAAGAGCCCUCAGUCUGGCUUCAAAGGGGAGACGUGGUGGAACCCAGAGAAGCUGGACACGAGUACAUGCUGCUACCUGCGCCUCCUGUGUCGCCUCUUUGACGCGGUCAUCACAGGGGCCAGUCAAGGACCUCUGACCUCUAGCUUCAGGGUCCUCCUGCAGCUGCUCUUCCAGGUGCACCUGAGCAACUCUCUGGAGCUCUUCAAGUUCCUGUCUCUGCUGUGGGGCUACAGCUGCAACCUGAGCGACCAGUUGGAGUGUAAAGUGAGUGCCAUCCUGCAGACCCAGGCUUUGUACGUGGGCAAAGCCCUCCUGGCCGCCCAGUCCCCCCCGAACCUCACCGCGUUGGCAGCGGACUCAUCUCCAGUGGUACCCUCCCUGCUGGUGUGUCUGUGCUCUCCAGUGUGUGAGGUGCGCAGGGCAGCGGUGGCCUGUCUGCAGGCCCUCCCGGCGGCCAGCUCCUCUCCGUUCAUCCCUAUGGUCACGGCCCUGCUUAAGGCCACAGAGGAGCUCAUCUCUGACCCGGCCUACCUCAGCCAGGCCCUCGGGAAGCUGUAUGAGGAGGCCCUCUCGGCAGGAGCCAAGAAGAGCAAGCAGCUGGUGGCCGUGGAGCAGCUGGUGAAGUGUGUCCAGAGCCCCAGCUGUCCAGCCUACAUGGGCAAAGCCUUGCUCAGGGCUCUCCAAGAGGUCAAUGGAGAGAGAGUGCUGGCCAUCGUCCUAACCCCGCUGGAUCUUCUGCUGGACCAGUUUGGCUCCGACAUCUCUGCAUUCGAGGGCGACGAGGGCCUGCUGGUGCAACUCAUGCUGGGCAAGUUCGACGAGCAGUCGGCCCCUCUCCUGGCCAGCGAGCCCCGCAGCCUGGACGUCCUCCUCAAAGCCAUGGGCACCCGGGCCCAGCCCUACCCCACGCUCCCCAGCGUCCAGGUCAUGGGUCUGGAGAAGAUUACCAAGGCCUUCUUCUCAGCUCUUGGUGAUGAGAAGGUCCAGCAAAGAAUUCUGGGAGUCAUGUUUGAUUUGCUGGUGGAUUGCAAGAAUCCAGUCUGUGCCCAGACCAUAAACAAUGUCUUCAAAGCGAUCGCUGUGGAUGCUGAGCUGGUGGCUAAUGAGUUGACGCCUGUAGAAAAACCCAAAGUGUCUACGAGCGUGGUGCAGACUCGUAGGAGUAUGAGACUGAAGAAAGGGCAGGAUGCCGCGGCCCCUGCUGAGGAGACUGCGUCCGUCUCCUGGCAGAGGGUGACCCUCAUCCUGGAGCUGCUGCAGCACAAGAAGAAGCUCAAGAGGCCACAGAUCCUGGUGCCAGCUCUGUUUAACCUCCUGGCCAGGAGUCUGGAGGUGCAGUCAGCAGAGCAUGGCAACAUGGAGUACACCAAACAGCUUCUUCUCAGCUGCCUGCUCAACGUCUGCCAGAAGAUCUCUCCCGAUGGCAAGCCAGUCAGCCAAGAGGUUCUCGACGAGGACAAGAUGAAUGUGGAGCUUGUGGUUCAGUGUGUGAGGGUGUCGGACAUGCCCCAGACCCACCACCAUGCUCUGCUGCUGCUGGGCACUGUGGCUGGUGUCUUCCCUGAGAAGGUCCUUCACAACAUCAUGCCUAUAUUCACCUUCAUGGGCGCCAACAUCAUGCGCCUGGAUGAUGCCUACAGCUUCCAAGUCAUUAACAAAACUGUGCAGACAGUCAUUCCUGCUCUCAUACAAGCCUACGAAGGCGGCUCUCCCCAGUCCGAGGCCCACAUGGAGUGCGUGGUGACCAAGAUCAUGCACGUGUUCACGGACGCGCUGCCCCACGUGCCCGAGCACCGACGCCUGCCCAUCCUCUCCCAGCUGAUGGUCACCCUGAGCCCACCCCGCUUCCUGUGGAUGCUCCUGCUGCUGCUGUUCAAGCAGCACGCCACCCAGACCUCAGCCAACGUCAGCGCUACAGAGAAGGAUUUGGCUCUGGAGAACGAUGUGGACUUCUGGAUUUCAAUCUGCUGUGAAUUUGAGGUGAAAGACCAGCUCACAUCUCUCAUUAAAAUCCUGAAGUAUCUCAUGGUAUUGCCUCAAGACAAAGAGGAUGAUUCUGACACCAGAAAAGCACGGGCCAAGAAGACAGAAGAGACAGCCAUGGAACUCAUCUUCAACAUUGAAGCUCACAGCAGCAAGGAGCUUCGCCAUUUCAAAUUCCUGUCUGUCUCCUUCAUGUCCCAACUACUGGCCUCUAACCGCUUUGUUGGAAAGGUGGCAGAUCAGGAAGAAGUGUCCAUUGAAACCAUGCAGGCCCUUCAGCAGAGUCUACUUGAGGAGAUUCUGUGCUACAUCCACACUGUGGCUCGCUGUGUGGAGGACAACUGCAACAACCCCACCGCCAAAUUCUGGAGAGCACUGCUCAACAAGUCCUACGAAGUCCUAGACAAAGUGAACUCUCUGCUCCCCACAGACACCUUCAUCAAGGUGAUCAGAGGCCUGAUGGGGAACCAGCUGCCCUCAGUGAGGAGGAAAGCCAUGGAGCUGCUCAACAACAAACUACAGCAGAAGACUCAGUGGCAGGAAGAGCAGGUGGUGGCGUUGCUUCCACUCACUGGAGACCUGCUGGCCGUUCUGGGCCGCGGAGGCCCACAGCGUCCGGGCGAGACCCAGGAACAGGAGGAGCAGGCCAUCAACCGGCAGACGGCCCUCUACAGCCUCAAGCUUCUGUGCCGCAGCUUUGGGGCUGGCCACCCCGAGGCCUUCGUGCCGGUGCUGAGCCGCGCUGUGGAGCUGCUGCUGCUGCCCCGUGAGGAGAGGAACGUGAUGGGCAGUGCCCUGCUCUGCAUCGCUGAGGUCACCAGCACCCUGAAGGCUCUGGCCAUCCCACAGCUCCACAGACUGAUGCCAGCGGUGCUGAACACACUGGCUGAGCGUAAGGACCUGCUAUCCAAUGAGAUCUACCUGCUGAGCGCUGUAACGGCUCUGCAGAAGGUCUCUGAGACGCUGCCCCACUUCAUCAGCCCAUACCUGCUGGACACACUGCUGCAGGUGACACGUCUGACUCGGGUGGCAGAGCAGACCACCACGUGCCCCCAGUUGGCAGCACGCCUAUCCUCACUCCGCACAACCUUGGCCACCAAGCUGCCGCCCAGGGUACUACUGCCCACAGUUACCAAGUCUUACCAAAGUCUUGUGGAGUCCCAGCAGAACCGUCUUGGGCCAUUAAUGACUAUUUUGAAAGAACACAUCGCUCACAUGGAAAAGGACCUACUCAACUCCCACCAGUCAGAGCUCACCACCUUCUUCCUGUCAGCGCUGGACUUCCGAGCCCAACACUGUCAGGGUGAUCUGGAGAAGACCAAAGAGAUUGAGGGCUCAGUGAUCGAUUGUCUGUUGGGCAUGGUCAUGAAGCUUUCAGAGGUCACUUUUAGGCCUCUCUUCUUCAAACUAUUUGACUGGUGCAAGACGGAUGGCGCAGCCAAAGACCGACAGCUGACAUUUUACCGCCUGUCGGACAGCAUUGCAGAGAAGCUGAAGGGGCUGUUUGUGCUCUUCGCUGGCCAGCUGGUGAAGCCAUUCUCUGACCUCCUCCGCCAGAUUCACUCAGCUAAUACAGAUGAAGCCUUCUUCGAUGAAGAUGAUGACCAGGAGAAGAGUUGCCAACUGCUGCAGUAUGUCCUGGACUGCCUGCAGAAGGUCUUCCUAUACGACACAAUGCGCUUCCUCAGCAAGGAGAGGGCAGACGCCCUCAUGAACCCUCUUGUGGAUCAGCUGGAGAACAUGUUGGGUGGAGAGGAGGUCUACCAAACCAGAGUCACCAAACACCUGGUGCCCUGCAUUGGUCAGUUUGCCGUUGCUAUGGGAGAUGACACCCAGUGGAAGGUCCUUAACUACCAGGUCCUGCUGAAAACACGGCACAGCUCUCCGAAGGUGCGGUUUUCAGCUUUGCUCAUGGUGCUGGAGCUUGCUACGAGACUGAAGGAGAAUUACAUGGUCCUGCUGCCUGAAACCAUCCCCUUCCUGGCUGAACUCAUGGAGGAUGAGUGUGAAGAAGUGGAACACCAGGUUCAGAAGGUAAUCAAUGAAAUGGAGACCAUCCUGGGAGAGCCACUGCAGAGCUACUUCUAAAUGACCACUAGAGGGCAGCAAUCCAGAUGAUGUCAUCAGAGCAAGCUUGAAUGUCUACUUGUCCUCACGUGAAUAACAACUGCUAUGCAUGCAUGUUAAGUAAUAAAACUCAGAGCUAAAGAAAACUGUAGAAAUGUUUGCCUUUACAAUAAAAGGCCAAAAGUGAAAGUUGUAUUUGUCUCUUUGCUUUGGUAAUAAAAGAGAAAAAAGUUA